AGUAUGGAGACACUGGAGGAAGCAGAACUCUGUUUUCCACAUCUCUUGAACAUCUCGUGCAAAAGGCAAUUGCAGCAUCGUGGUCCAACUGUCUCCGUUUACGUCAUACUGUCCUGUCUGUCUUUGAUCACUGUGACACUUAAUCUGCUCGUCAUCAUCUCUAUCUCCCACUUCAGGCAGCUCCACACCUCCACCAACCUUCUCCUCCUCUCUCUGGCUGUGUCAGAUUUCCUCGUUGGCCUCCUGCUGAUGCCGGGGCGAAUCAUCCUCAUGACUGGCUGCUGGUUUUUAGGGAGUGUGAUCUGUGGUCUGUUCUUCUAUGCCUCUUUCUUUCUGACUUCAGCCUCAGUGGGAACCAUGGUUCUCAUAUCAGUUGACAGAUAUGUGGCCAUUUGUGACCCUUUGUCUUACUCCACCAAAGUCACUCACCAGCGAGUUAAAAUAAGUGUUUGUGUGUGUUGGGCCUGUUCUCUGUUCUAUAAUGGUGUGAUACUACACGUGUUCCUGAAGAAUCCAGACGCAAAUAACUCCUGCUAUGGAGAGUGUUUAGUAGUAAUUGAUGUCAUCACAGGAGCAGUUGAUAUUGCUGUGACCUUUGUUGGCCCAAUUGCAGUCAUCGUAGUUCUGUAUAUGAAAGUAUUUGUGGUGGCUGUGUCUCAGGCUCGAGCCAUGAGGUCUCAUAUUACUGCUGUGACAGUCCAGGGCUCAGGUACUGUCACGGCUAAGAAAUCUGUGAGAAAAGCAGCCAGGAUUCUUGGUAUUGUUGUGGUUGUCUUUGUGAUAUGUUUUUGUCCUUAUUUUUAUCCCGCUCUCGCAGACACGUCACCAGGUAUUGCCUUUAAAUUUUUUGCAGCCUGGCUUCUCUAUGGUAACUCCUGCAUCAAUCCUAUCAUCUAUGCUUCUUUCUAUCCCUGGUUUAGGAGAUCUAUUAAACUCAUUGUUACACUUCAGAUAUUGCGGCCUGACUCCCGUGACACACACAUAAUGUAGAAAUGUCAUCAGCAUCUUUUGCUUAAAGCUUGUAUGUGAAGAAUGACAAA